AUGAAAGUUCGCUUUUUAACGUUUAAGUCGACUCUGAGUUCAAUAAUAGGAAGGCCCUUGAAAGGACUUCAACUUUUGACCGGAGCUAACUCAUCGAUUACACGAUCGGAAUCCGAUGAAAGUCCCGAAAGAGACGGCACAGAGGAACGAAUAUUAAGAACACCGUCGGCACCGACUGCAAUCCCACUGAGGGAGAUUAUCUACAAAGUACCUGGUCUGUUUCCUCGCCCUCUAGAAGAUUCUGUCAAAGAUUUUCGAGAUUUCACUAAAAACGAGGAUGUCUUUCAAACUGAGCUAUUAGAGACGUUGCCAUUUUAUCCGAAUCCAUCAAAAUACAAAAAAUCAAAGCUUAUUAAGACUGUUGUUGACGAUGAUGGUAACUAUAUUAAUGAAUUUUGUAUAUAUCCUCAGAAGCCUUCAGUACCCGAGACUGAAUUAAAGCACCUAGUCUUUAUUCAUGGAUACGGAGCUGGAUUGGGUUUUUUCAUCAAAAAUCUUGAGGAUAUCCCUCUACUGGAUAACGAAUGGUGUAUACAUGCUAUUGACUUGCCCGGGUAUGGUUUUUCUUCAAGACCCAAGUUUCCGUUCGAGUAUCCAAAAGACAACCUUCACACCGUUCAAGAUUGGUUUCACGAAAGGAUCCACACAUGGUUCAAUAAAAGAAAUCUUUUGCAUAAACCUGACAAAAAUAUUGUUGUGGCGCAUUCUUUGGGAUCUUAUUUGAUGGCAUUAUACUUGCAGAAAUAUAAGGAGUCUCCAUCAUUUAAAAAAUUGGUUCUCUGUUCCCCGGCAGGUGUAUCUAAUAGAGAUUUCGAUAAUACUACCGCAGAGGUUGGAAAAUGGAAACCGCCUCCUUGGUGGUAUGUCAAACUUUGGGAUAGGAAUAUUUCGCCUUUCACACUGGUAAGGAAUGCUCGCCAGUUAGGUUCCAAAAUUACAAGUGGAUGGUCAUAUCGGCGUUUCAAACAUAUAUUAAAUGGUGACCCAGGACAGUCGAGACGGUUUGAAGCUUUACAUAGAUAUGCUUAUUCUAUUUUCAACAAGCGUGGCUCAGGUGAAUACUUACUAAGUUUCGCCCUGAGAUGCGGUGGUGAACCGAGAUUGCCCCUGGAAGAACAAUUGUUUAAUGGCGAAAACUCAAAAGUUUUGAAAAAUAGCAAUUAUGAGUGGGUCUGGCUUUAUGGCAAUGACGACUGGAUGGAUGUCGAUGGUGGACUUAGAGUCUCCAAAUACCUGAACGAGAAGUUGGGACAAAAAAGUAAUGUUUUCAUUGUUCCUCAUGCAGGGCAUCAUCUGUAUCUGGAUAAUUAUACUUUCUUUAAUAAAAUUCUUGUGAAAGAAAUGCAAAACGUGAAAUGA